CCCGCUUCUCCCUCUUCUCAUCCCAACCCCUCUCUCUCUUUAACCCCUUCUCUUUUUUUUACUUCUCUCUCUCUUUCUCUCUAUAGGAAUGGGUGGCAGUAGAGUGUGUGUUGUUGUGUGGUUUUGGAUGAUGGGGUUGAUUUGGGUUUGGCCUCGUGAAGCCUUUGGAGACUAUGGAUGGCAGGGCGGCCAUGCCACAUUUUAUGGUGGUGGUGAUGCUACGGGGACUAUGGGGGGAGCAUGUGGAUAUGGGAAUCUGUAUAGCCAAGGCUAUGGCACGAACACAGCAGCCCUGAGCACUGCUCUCUUCAACGAUGGCUUGAGUUGUGGUUCCUGCUAUGAAAUGAGGUGCAAUGACGACCCAAGGUGGUGCCUUCCAGGCUCCAUUGUUGUCACUGCAACCAAUUUCUGCCCCCCAAAUUUGGGUUUGUCAAAUGACAAUGGUGGUUGGUGCAACCCCCCUCUGCAACAUUUUGACCUUGCUGAACCUGCCUUCCUGCAAAUUGCUCAGUACAGGGCUGGAAUUGUGCCUGUGGCCUUUAGAAGGAUACCCUGUGUGAAGAAAGGUGGAAUAAGGUUCACCAUCAAUGGCCACUCCUACUUCAACUUGGUGCUCAUAACUAAUGUAGGUGGCGCCGGUGACAUCCACGCCGUGUCCAUCAAGGGAUCCAACGGUGGAUGGCAGCCCAUGUCCAGGAACUGGGGCCAAAACUGGCAGAGCAACUCCUACCUCAAUGGCCAGAGCCUCUCCUUCCAAGUAACCACCAGUGACGGCCGCACCGUCACAAGUUACAACGUUGCGCCUUCCAAUUGGCAGUUCGGCCAAACUUUCAGUGGAAGCCAGUUUUAGAGAGUUUACUGACAUGGUUUAGUAAUGGGCCGUCAUCAUCAUCAUCAUCAUGAGCUCUAUCGUAAUUAUUUGAGAUAUGAUAAUGGUUAAUAUAAAAGAAAUGUCAACUUAUUUGGGCUUUUUGAAAAACCUUCGAGAUUCGGUUCUCGACUUUUGUCACCUGAUCGGUAAUAGGUAAGUCUAAAUUUCUAAAUGUAUAAUUGGCUGGCGAUAUUUGUGAUUGAAUCUGUUAGUGACACGUGUCCUAAAGAUGGUAUACCUAAAAGCAUAGGCCAUGAAUGCUGAGGUAGCUUAUAUGCACCCGCUAGGCCUUUCCUUUUGUCAUUGUAAGGGUCCAUGGCCCUUGAAAGGUGAGGCCAAGGUGAGCCAAGAAGUGUGAUAUAUUGUUGUACACGUAUGUUGAAAGGGUAUUGUUGUAACACGUGAGUGGUAUUGACUAUCUUUGUAUGUAUGGGGAAGAGGAAAUUUUAUAUAUGAGAAUAUUUUUCUUUUAGUUGGAAAA